GAAAACUUUCGUGCUAUAAAGAGUGGAAAUCAAGAAGCAGAUCGUCGAAGUUAAACCGAAUUAACGAUUCCUUCAAAGUUCAUGUUUUAAGAUGUCAACAGCACGUCGGCGGAGUAGUCGAGGUGGACGUCGACAAUCAUCAGGCACAGCAUCAUUAGGAAACAACAAUGAUCAGAACAACAGUACCAACAUCCGUGUGGUUGUUCGGAUACGACCUCCAAAUGCUGCUGAGCUAGAAAAUGGAUCAGGAUCAAGACCUGUUGUUCAAAUGCUGGAUGAAAAACUUCUGGUCUUUGAUCCAAAAGAAGAAUCUCUCCCCAGCUACUUCCAUGGACGCCGUGUCGCUAAGAGGAACUUCAUGCGUAGGAAGAACAAGGAUAUCAAGUUUGCGUUUGAUCACGUCUUUGGUGAGAGAGUAACGCAGGAGUUCGUGUACGAGAACACUACUAAAACCAUCGUUGAUAACGUUCUAGCUGGGUACAAUGCUAGCGUGUUUGCAUAUGGAGCCACCGGAGCAGGCAAGACUUUCACCAUGCUAGGGGCCCCUGACUGCCCAGGGGUCAUCUUUCUAACCAUGGUUGAUCUCUACAGACGUAUUGGAGAGAUCAGCAAUGAGAAGCUGUGUGAUGUCGCAGUGUCGUAUCUGGAGGUCUACAAUGAGAAUAUUCGUGACCUUCUGGCACCAUCUGGUCUCCUUGCCGUCCGGGAAGAUCCAGAGAAAGGAGUCGUAGUCAGCGGUCUUUCCCUCCACAAGCCAAGAAGUGCAGAUGAAUUACUUCGCAUGUUGGAAUACGGGAACAGAAACCGGACUCAGCAUCCCACCGACGCCAACGCCCAGUCCUCGCGAUCGCACGCCGUCUUCCAGGUUUUCGUCCGACAAAAAGACCGUACGGCGAACAUCAGCACGGACUUCCGCAUCGCAAAGAUGUCGCUGAUUGAUCUGGCGGGUUCAGAGAGGGCCACCGUGACGACAAACAGAGGCGCGAGGUUUCGUGAGGGCGCUAAUAUUAAUCGGUCCCUGUUGGCUCUUGGAAAUUGCAUUAAUGCUUUAGCCGACUCCACAAGGGCGAAAGGCCAGCACAUUCCAUACCGAAACAGCAAACUGACAAGGUUACUGAAGGACUCCCUCGGAGGUAACUGCCGGACGGUCAUGAUCGCAGCCAUCAGUCCGUCUAGUCUCACCUAUGAAGACACUCUCAACACGCUCAAAUACGCCAACAGAGCUAAAAACAUACGCACCACUCUGAAACAGAAUGUAGUCAGUGUGGACCUUCACAUCAGUCGGUAUGCACAGAUCGUUGAAGAAUUAAGAACAGAGGUUUCUGAGUUGAAGGUUAAACUUCAACGCUACGAGUCAGGUGCACUGAAAGUGAGCAAUCCACAACCUUCUCCCCGUAAUGAUGCAAAUGAUGAGCAAGUCCACAGAUUGCAGUUAGAGCUUCACAAGGUGUUCGUCCAGCGUGGCAGCAUCCGUAAGGAGCUCCUAGAGCUUGAGUCGUCGGAUCGUGACCUGACGAUAAAGAUCAGUCGCAAACAUCUAAUGGUGGAGAGGUUGAGGUUAAUACAUGGAGGGUCUGCUCAGGGGGAUAAGACAAUGGGACGUUUUGAGAGAGUCAUCGCAGCGUCAGAGGCCAGACAAGCUCGACUCCGACAACGGAAACCCGCAGUGGAGGAAAGAUUCAAGAACAACGAGGCAGAGCUGGAGAAAGUUCAAUUAGAGAUAAGAGGGGAGGAGCAAGGAGACGGGCAGACCUCUGAGGUGUUACAGGAGUGUUUGCGGACAAGACAUCUUGAGAUUGAGUUGAAGGAUUGCAGACGGCAGAUUAAACAUCUGAAGAGGUUUGCCAGACAUCAGGACAGCCAUCAACAAAGCUCUGAGAGAUUGAUUGUCAACCUCAUUUCCAUGGUUCGUAAGCAGUACUUCCUCCUGAAGGGUUCCGGACUCGCCACCACCGACGUCACAACAGACUUCGAAGCCUUACAGAAACAAGUUGAGGGAGACCGAGAAGUCGCCUGGGCUGACCAGAGCAUGUCAGAGGUCGCAGACUCUAACCCCAACUCUGCCGCCGCAGCAGGGGUUGAUUUGAACUACCUACUACUCCUCCCUGUCAUGAAAUGUGUUGACUCUACUCCAAAAGCACCCUCAAGGUCGCCAAGGAAGAAGAAAAGACGGAGUUCCGUCGGACACCACACCCCUGCGAAGGGAGUCAACACUCCAAUACGUCCGGAAGGUACUGGCGGACACCUUGGCACCCCUGCUAAGAGAGUCAACACUCCAAUACGUCCGGAAGGUACUGGCGGACACCGUGGCACCCCUGCUAAGAGAGUCAACACACCAAUGCUUCCAGAAGGUACUGGCGGACACCACACCCCUGCUAAGAGAGUGAAGACACCAAUUCAAUCUGAAGGAUUACACAUGCCGACACAGAACAGCACACCGGCUCAACGGGGAUCGGCUGUUAAAAUCAGCGACACACACCCUCCUUCCCGCCUCCCAACGCCGAGUAGGCACACCCCUGGCACACCAGCUAGGAGGACCAUUACUGAAUGUGACAACAACAGCUUUAAUCCAAUCCCAACAAACGGACUAUCGACAAAUGUUGGACUUACUUCCAACACUAGCAGCCUGGUGUCAAUAUCAGAGGUUGUGGGGGAGGAAGGUUCUGUCCCCUUCGUCAGAAAUGAAGAGGAUGUUGUAGGACGGCUAGGUGAGACUGUGACCAAGAAACAAUCAAACCAAAGUGGUGAGGAUAUAACAGAAACAGAGGGCCUAAGAGUGAACCUUGCGGGCACCUUUGAAAUGGAGGGCAUCUCUCCGCUGACGUCUCCGCCCACUUGCGGUCAACCUCAGCUGGACAAUAACGACCAUGACACGAUGAACAGGGUCAUCGAAUCACCAUCUCUUGCUGUUACAUUGCCAGAGGGAACAUCCAACUCUGACAUGCGUCCGGACUCUCAGAAGCCUGUUGCCCGGGUGAUAACCUUUGACCAAGAGAACGUAAUACCCAAUCAGAAGAUCAGUCCAGUCACAGGUCGAGUGAUGUCAUAUGCCGAAAUCCUAACCACACCCCAGAGAUUGGAUGCAAAGGCCCAACAGAGGGCUCCCUUUACCGUCAUCACGAACAAUUCACCCCAGCUUCAGAACAGACCAAACACAAUGGGUAAUGAGAACAAGUGUAAUGGGAGCCAGUCUACUUCCAAACCUACAAAGAGGGGUCUACAGAGAUCGGGUACUUUCACCAAACGCAACGCACCCCUGCAUCACAGACGCAGUAAGUCUCAUGGCGUCAUUGGCGAGGUGCCAUUCUCAUUCCAGGAGGCGAAACACGCCGAUACCCUUCACCGGUUUGGACUCCCCUCAAUGGCGGAUCAGCCAGCAGCUUCAGUGAGAAAGGCAGCACCAGCUUACAUGUCCCUGACAGCCUCAGCUGCAAAUAAACGAAGGAAUUACGGAAGAGGGUUACCAUCCUCCCAGGAGAACCAACCCCCGGCAGGCCACAAGGGUCCGAUACGGCUCCAAAGAGCAGAGAGCCUCAAACGACCACCACUCAGAAUACCGUCGUUCAACAUCAAGAGCCGAUCAGUGAGCAACCUACAUGAAAAAGCCAAUCCGUGAUGGAGUUAUACUGCCCUCUAUUGGUCAUCUUUGAAAGUGACAAAAGCUGUGUGCCUUGCAUCAAUGCCCAUGUAUCAUUGACUGUAAGCAGCUCUGAGCGGACAAGAUCGUUUUUUGCCCCUCGCCAAUUUCUUUUUUUUUUAAACACACAUAAAUAAAAUAUGCAAACAAAAUGAAAGGACCAUGUGAUCCAAGGAAAUAAAACAAGUCCUUAAGCAAACACAUUACAGCCUCCUAUAUUUAAGCCUAUAGUAAAGCCUAUACUUCACUGCAAAAAAAUGGUACCUGCUGUUUUUUCAAUUUGCGAUGCAAAAACAGUCACUUCGCUUCCGCUUGAAGUAUGUACCAGGAUUAAUCAAGAUUCUCCAAACAAAGUCUGUUUACAAUUCACAGUAUUUUUGAAUGUGUGUGGGUGUGUGUGCAUCAAAGUAACAUCUCCCAAAACAAGUAAAAUUGUCCGUUUUAAAUUUUGUUUCCUUGGAUGUUAAUGUUAUUUAUUUGGCCAUUGAUACAAUAAACAGGCAGUCAACAAAGAUGAAUAUACAAAUUCUGAAUUCGGUAUGUAAAAUAGUCCAUUUUAGUGUUUGUAAAUAACCCACAAAAAAAAGGCCUUUUGUAAAAACAGAAAAAUGCCAAAUGUAUAAUAAUUUCACUAAUGACUGGAACUGCCGCCAAGUCUCAAUGAAACCUCAGCUUUUAUAAUAUUUGUAAACUUGGUGUAAAAAGCUCAGAGUUUUUUAAUUGUUUCCAAAAUUACAAAUUGUAUGAUUUUCAGUGCACAUAUAUCAUAGUCAUCGGCUCACCUUUAACUGAAACAUUUUUAAAUGCACACAUGAUGUAAGGAACAUGGCUGUAAAUAUGCAUGACAAACUUUCACUUGAAACUGUAAAUCAUAGUAAAAAAUUCUGUCGAUGUUGAUCGUGAAUAAAUGAAAAUGUUUUAAUGUGGAAAGAUUCAUUGUACCCUGGAGGUCUUUUUUCGACCUCUAUGAUUAUUCUUUUGUAUGUUUUUUUGCCGGGGGGUUUGGUGGUGUUGUUUAUUUUGAUUUACUGAUGACGGUUUUAAUUACAGUGCAAUGCCAGCUUGACUUCUUGUUAAUUAAAGGAUUCGGGUACUUUUUCAAAAUGUCCAUAGAUUUACAUUAAACUUACACCGU